AAAAAAAAAAAAAAAAAUCAUAAUAUACUAAUAUAUAACCACUGAGAGACAACAGUACCCUCACAAUACAGUAUAUCUCUCUUUAACAUUUGGCUGUACUGAUCCAUUAGUCCAAAAAUGUGAUUGUACCUAAUAAAUUAUGUCUUGCAAGUACAAACUCAGUCAUCAAACAUUUACUGACAUGAUCAAAAGACUGCCAGUUCUUUCAUGUUCUUACACAGUGCAGGAUUAUGAGCAAUAAAACAGGUGAAAGUACAAUAAAGUAGUGUGAAAGUGAAGUGUGAUUGAUGUUGCUUUUCUCAGCGCUGCUCAGGAUGGACCAGUUGUUUGGGAUUACUGGAUAAGCAUUUUUUCUUUCUUUUUAAUGUAUUGACUAUUUGAUGGUAUUCUACAUUCAUUUUGAUAUAUAUAAUUUUUUAAUUGAUGCAAUGUCUAUGGCUGUGCAGAAUCUGAAAAGAUGGCUUUGACUUCCAGUCUCCGAUGAGCAUCUGAGAGUUUGAAUAAAUCAGUAAUAAUUUGUUAGCUCAUGAUUCUUUGUUUACGCCAUUAUUUAAUAAUUGCUCAGUCUUGGGUUUGUAAUAAAAGGCCCAACACUGACUUGACACUCCUGACUGUAUCUUAUGGUUAAAUUUUAACUAAGCUGCUUAUAAAAGUAUGAAACUGUUUAAAGUCCAUUUUGUGAACAAGAAAGUGAGGAACAUCAUGCAAGAAAUGUGUUUGUGAAUCAGCUGAAAUGUUGCUGUCUAGAGUCUAACACAAUGGAUUGAUGGAAGUCUGUGUCUGAUGUUCGAUUCAUUGCUGAUGGGAGAGAGUUUCUAGAAUACUGCCUCUACAAUGAGUCUCUAUGAGAAGAAAGAGAAGGAGGAUCUCCAGAACCCAGCAGUGUGUCUAUGAAGAGUGAUGAGUCCAUGAUGAACCACCCUUAUAACAGUGAUGGAGCAGUGACCUCUGACCUUGACUCUGACUAUAAAAUGAGUCUCUGUGAAAAGAGAGAGGAUGAGGAGGAAGAUGUUCACACACAUAAAGCAGAAUCUCCAGAACCCAGCUGUGUGUCUAUAAAGAGUGACAGAUCGAUGAGAAAACCCCCUCAUCUCAGUGAUGGAGCAGUUACCUCUGACCCUGAAGUAGAGAGAUAUUGUAUGAUCGGAUCAGUGAUGUUGGACGUGAAUGACUUCUAUUGUCUAACCCUCCCGGGGGGGCACAACACAGAAACGGCCUUGCAGAGAGUCAAAGACCAACACAAAACCAGCAUGAAGAAAAAGUAUGAGAGCUUAUUUGACGGAAUCAUACGACAAAGUAAUCGAACCCUCCUGAACAGGAUCUACACACAGCUCUACAUCAUAGAGAGAGAGAGUGAAGGAGUGAAUAAAGAACAUGAGGUUUUACAGAUGGAGAAAACAGCCAGAACACAAGACACUCCAAUCUACUGCAAUGACAUCUUUAAACCUUUACAUGAACCAAAAUGUGAGGAGAAAGAUAAAAUCAAGACUGUUCUUACGAAAGGCAUCGCUGGAAUUGGAAAGACUGUCUCUGUGCAGAAGUUCAUUCUGGACUGGGCAGAGGAAAAGGCCAAUCAGGAUGUAGAUUUCAUAUUUGUGCUUCCAUUUCGAGAGCUGAACUUGAUUAAAGAUCACCAGUACAGUCUUCACAGACUUCUGCUGGACUUUCAUCCUAAACUUCAAGAUCUGGACUCAAAGAUUUAUGAGGAGUGUAAAGUUGUGUUCAUCUUUGAUGGUCUGGAUGAAAGCAGAAUCACACUGAUGUUUUCAGAUGAUGAGAAAGUUCUUGAUGUGAAUGAGUCUUCAUCAGUGGGUGUGUUGAUGUCAAACCUCAUCAGAGGGGAGCUGCUUCCCUCUGCUCUCAUCUGGAUCACCUCCAGACCAGCAGCAGCCAAUCAGAUCCCCUCAAAAUACAUCAACCGUGUGACAGAAAUUCAGGGAUUCGAUGAUUCUCAGAAGGAGGAAUAUUUUAGGAAGAGAAUCAGUGAUGAGCAUCAAGCCAGCAGAAUCAUCUCACACAUUAGAAGAUCAAGAAGCCUCAACAUCAUGUGUCACAUCCCCGUCUUCUGCUGGAUCUCAUCCACUGUGCUUCAGAAGCUCCUGAAACAAGAUGAGAGUGCAGAAAUCCCUCAAACUCUGACUGAAAUGUACAUCCACUUCCUGCUGACUCAGAUCAACAUGAGGAAUCAGAAGUAUGAUGAGAGAGAUCCAGAGAAACUACUGCAGUCCAACAGAGAUGCGAUUAUGAAACUUGCUGAACUGGCUUUCAAACAGCUGAUGAAGGGCAAUGUGAUGUUCUAUGAGGAGGACCUGAUUGAGAGCGGCAUAGACGUCACCGACGCCUCAGUGCAUUCUGGGAUUUGCACUGAGAUCUUUAAAGAAGAAUCUGUGAUUCUUCAGAGGAAAGUCUACUGCUUCAUUCAUCUGAGCUUUCAGGAGUUUCUAGCAGCACUCUUUGUGUUUUACUGCCAUGUAGUCGAGAAUGAAGAAUCAAUGAAGUUUUUUCUGAAUGAAGAAUAUCAAUUGUACAGUCAGAAGAACUCUCUGUAUAAGCUACUAAAAGCAGCGGUUGAAAAAUCCUUACAGAGUAAAAAUGGACACCUGGAUCUUUUCCUGCGGUUCCUGCUGGGCCUCUCAGUGGAGUCCAAUCAGAGACUCUUACGGGAUCUACUGACACACACAGUGAAGAGCUCAGAGACCAUCAAGAGAAUCACACAGUACAUUAAAGACACAAUCAGCAGUGAUGAUGUUUUUGAUUAUAUGAGACAGGAACAGCUCACAUUUGAGAGGUGCAUCAAUCUGUUUCUCUGUCUCCUGGAAAUGAAGGAUCAGACUCUGUACAGAGAGAUUCAGGAGUUUGUGAAAUCAGAGAAUCACUUAGAAAAUGUUCUCUUACCAUCUCACUACUCAACAAUCGCAUACAUUAUUCAGAUAUCAGAAGAAAUUGUUGAUGAAUUUGAUCCGAGGAAAUACAAGGCAGGAGAGUGUGGUAUAAAGAGACUAAUACCAGCUGUGGUGAACUGCAGAAAAGCUCUACUUGCUGACUGUUAUCUCACUGCUCGGUGCUGUGAAUGUUUGUCUUCGUCUCUACAAUCAUCAAAAUCACUGAGAGAGCUGGACCUGAGUCACAAUAACCUGCAGGAUUCAGGAGUGAAACUGCUCUCUGAUGGAUUGAAGAGUUCACACUGUCAACUCAACAUACUGAGACUUCCUGACUGUAAUCUCACUGAUCAGUGCUGUGAAAGUUUGUCUUCAUCUCUGCAAUCAUCAAGCUCCUCACUGAGAGAGCUGGACCUGAGUCGCAACAACCUGCGGGAUUCAGGUGUGGAGGUUCUGUCUGAUGGACUGAAGAGUUCACACUGUCAGCUCAACAUACUGAGACUGUCCAGCUGUAGUCUUACUGGUCAGUGCUGUGAAAGUUUGUCUUCAUCUCUACAAUCACCAAACUCACUGAGAGAGCUGGACCUGAGUGAUAAUGACCUGCAGGAUUCAGGAGUGAAGCUGCUCUCUUAUUGGCUGAAGAGUUCACACUGUCAACUCAACAUACUGAGAUUAUCUGGCUGUAUGGUGACAGAGGAAGGCUGUUGUUUUCUGGCUUCAGCUCUGAAUUCAAACCCCUCAUGGUUGAGAGAGCUGGAUCUGAGCUACAAUCACCCAGGACAAUCAUUAGUCAAGCUGCUCUCUGAUCCAAACUACAGACUGGACAAACUCAAUGUGGAUCAUGGAGGAGAGAUCAGGAUUGCAAAAGGACUACGGAAAUAUGCAUGUGUUCUCACACUUGAUUUAAACACAGCAAACACUCUCCUUGCUCUUUCUGAGAGGAACAGAAAAGUGACAUGUGUGAGAGAGAAGCAGCCGUAUCCUGAUCAUCCAGAGAGAUUUGAUGACUGUCUUCAGGUUCUGUGUAGAGAGAGUCUGACUGAACGCUGUUACUGGGAGGCUGAAUGGAGUGGCGGGGGGGUUUAUAUGUCAGUGAUAUAUAAAGAAAUCAGCAAGAAAGGAAAUGGCUUUUUUAGGUUUAUACGCAAUGAAAAGUCCUGGAGUCUGAACUGUACUGGUGAAGUAUUCAUUGUGCAUCACAGUAACUGUGACAGAAACACAUUUGUCUCUUCAUCAUCUAAGAGAGUAGGAGUUUAUCUGGACUGGGCAGCUGGCACUCUGUCCUUUUACAGCGUCUCUGACACACACACACUCACACACUUACACACAUUCAACAGCACAUUCACUGAACCCCUCUAUGCUGGAUUUGGGUUUUUUUAUUCUGGUAGUAGUUCCGUGUCCCUGUGUGAGAUUAAACAUCCUCCUGUGAGAAACAACUGAGACAAAGUUGAGUGAAAGAAACUCACUCAUAUUAUCUCUCUUUAACUCACACAGAUGUAAACUAUUGCGCUCUUCUAUUCUUAAUUUCAUUAGACUUCAGUCUAAACUUUUGUCUAUCACCUUUUUUUUUAUUUUGCAGAGAAGUACUCAAAAUUCUUAAUUCCAUGUCAGAGUUAUUUCACAACUUCACACCUUUGACAGACAUAAAUCUAUUUUCAUGUUUCACAACCCUUAUCUUUCUU